UAAAGAAAUGCGGUUUAGUGGGUUUAAGUAGGACCGUGCUAUUGGUUUUAGAAAGUGGCCGGUGUAAGGUGCUGUGCCUUUAAGAGCAGUGUGUUUCGCCGAGAACCUCCUCCUCUUCUCAGACUCCAAUGUGCAGUUAGUUAGCAGACAGGCUGUGGGAAACAGCAUGUAUAGUGCAUUCUCUGUAUCUACAGCGGGGCUGCCGUGAGAUGCUAUGCGGUGAGAGGGGAAAAAAACUAAGUUAUUGUUAAUGUACCUGCCUGGUGUUACCGGCAUUUACUGCAUGGACUAAGCCUACUGGAGUCAUACAAAAGCAGAACCGAGAGCGUGGCGGAGACACGGGGAUUCAUUCACAGCCUGAAGGAUUGCUUGCUGAAGGCAAAAAUCACAUGCAACUCUGUAACAUCUGACGGGAAUAUAAAAGCUUGCUCUCCGCCAAAAAAAGAAGUUGUCGUUGGUCCUCGGACGUGUUCCUUAAACGUGCAGUUUGGAUAAGCAAGUACUCUCCUCGAAUUCAACGCCAGAUUCGGAAAACUUGCGAAUAAAACAAGUUCUCGAAGAUCAGACCGAGAUUGGUCUGGCCGUUACCUUCUGCUUUGGGGGAAUUUAAACAAUUAUUUUCUGGUUUUUCUCCUGUGGUGGUUUGUUGGGCGGUUUAAGCAAAUGUUAGCGGGCUUUGUGAAGAAGAAGAUGUGCGGCAUCGGGUUCUGGAAGGUGUCCAUUUCGGUGGGGUUAGUGUUGGUGAUACUGAGCGAGGUGGCACCUCAGCCCUGUCCAGCUCAGUGUUCUUGCUCUGGCACCACGGUGGACUGUCAUGGGCUUUCUCUACGUAGUGUGCCUCGUAACAUUCCACGGAACACCGAACGCUUAGAUUUGAAUGGGAAUAAUAUCACAAGAAUCACCAAGACAGACUUUGCUGGACUAAGACAUCUUCGAGUCUUGCAGCUCAUGGAGAACAAGAUUAGCACGAUUGAAAGGGGGGCAUUCCAAGACUUGAAAGAACUGGACAGACUGCGUCUCAAUAAAAAUAACCUCCAGGUAUUCCCUGAACUGCUUUUUUUGGGAAAUCCGAAGCUCUUCAGACUGGACCUCAGUGAAAACCAGAUUCAAGCAAUCCCGAGAAAGGCGUUUCGUGGAGCCGUGGAUAUUAAGAAUCUGCAGCUGGAUUACAACCAGAUCAGCUGUAUAGAAGAUGGGGCAUUCCGAGCUCUGCGGGACCUGGAAGUGCUCACUCUCAACAAUAACAACAUCACUCGGCUUUCGGUGGCGAGCUUCAACCACAUGCCCAAGCUCAGAAUUUUCCGGCUUCAUUCCAACAACUUGUAUUGUGACUGCAACCUGUCAUGGCUGUCCGACUGGCUACGACAGAGACCCCGAGUUGGGCUUUAUACUCAGUGCAUGGCACCCACCCACCUGAGAGGACAUAAUGUCGCCGAAGUUCAAAAACGUGAAUUUAUCUGUAACGGUCAGCAGUCGUUUAGCGUCCCCUCAUGCAGCGUCUUGCAUUGUCCAGUUGCUUGCACUUGUAGCAACAACAUUGUAGACUGUCGUGGAAAAGGCUUAACGGAGAUUCCCACCAACCUGCCGGAGACCAUAACAGAAAUGCGACUGGAGCAAAAUUCAAUCAAGGUCAUACCACCAGGGGCCUUCUCACCGUACAAAAAACUUAGAAGAAUUGAUUUAAGCAACAACCAGAUAUCCGAAAUAGCCCCAGAUGCUUUCCAAGGCCUGCGUUCACUCAACUCUCUUGUUCUUUAUGGAAAUAAAAUCACUGAGCUACCCCAAAAUGUUUUUGAUGGACUUUUUUCAUUACAACUUUUAUUACUUAAUGCCAACAAGAUAAAUUGUUUGCGAGUCGGAGCUUUCCAGGAUCUACACAACCUGAACCUUCUUUCAUUAUAUGACAACAAACUUCAAACCAUUGCCAAAGGCACAUUUGCACCGCUCCGGGCUAUUCAGACGCUGCAUUUGGCUCAGAACCCGUUUAUCUGCGACUGCCAUCUGAAGUGGUUGGCGGAUUAUCUUCAUACAAACCCUAUUGAGACCAGCGGUGCCCGUUGCACCAGCCCCCGCCGACUGGCAAACAAAAGGCUCGGGCAGAUCAAAAGCAAGAAAUUCCGCUGUUCAGGCACAGAAGACUACAGGGCUAAGUUGAGCGGGGACUGUUUUGCGGACUUGGCUUGCCCAGAAAAAUGCCGUUGCGAGGGGACAACCGUGGACUGCUCCAACCAAAAGCUCACAAAAAUCCCUGAUCAUAUACCCCAGUAUACCGCUGAGCUACGUCUCAACAACAACGAGUUUACAGUCCUGGAAGCUACCGGCAUCUACAAGAAGCUUCCCCAGCUUCGGAAAAUAAACUUAAGCAACAACAAGAUUACUGAUAUUGAAGAAGGAGCAUUUGAAGGAGCAAGUGGUGUCAACGAGUUAAUACUGACCAGCAACCGCUUGGAAAAUGUUCGCUACAAGAUGUUUAAAGGCCUGGAGGGACUAAAAACGCUGAUGCUGAGAAGUAACCGCAUUAGCUGUGUCAGUAAUGACAGCUUCACCGGUCUGAGCUCUGUCCGUUUGCUAUCGCUGUAUGACAAUCAGAUCAUUACCGUUGGCCCCGGUGCCUUUGACACCCUGCAUUCUUUGUCCACACUAAAUCUUCUGGCAAAUCCUUUUAAUUGUAAUUGUCACCUGGCUUGGUUGGGAGAUUGGCUCCGGAAGAAACGCAUAGUAACAGGAAAUCCUCGGUGCCAAAAGCCCUACUUCUUAAAAGAGAUCCCUAUUCAAGAUGUGGCAAUUCAAGACUUUACCUGCGAUGACGGAAAUGAUGAUAACACGUGUUCGCCACUUUCGCGGUGCCCAGCUGAGUGUACCUGUUUGGAUACAGUGGUGCGAUGCAGUAACAAAGGACUCAAAACAUUACCCAAAGGCAUCCCCAAGGAAGUCACAGAACUAUAUUUGGAUGGAAACCAGUUCCCUCUUGUUCCAAAAGAACUAUCUAAUUAUAAGCACUUAACGCUUAUUGAUUUGAGCAACAAUAGAAUCAGCACACUUUCCAACCACAGCUUCAGCAACAUGACUCAGCUUCUCACGUUGAUUCUUAGUUACAAUCGUCUCCGGUGCAUUCCUCUCCGAGCGUUUGAUGGUUUAAAUUCUCUGAGACUCUUAUCCCUGCAUGGUAAUGAUGUUUCCUCCAUUCCUGAAGGGGCGUUCAACGACCUUUCCUCCCUGUCACAUCUGGCCAUUGGGGCAAAUCCUUUGCAUUGUGAUUGUAACCUGCAGUGGCUUUCGGAAUGGGUCAAAUCUGAGUACAAAGAGCCUGGAAUUGCUAGAUGUGCUGGGCCUGGAGACAUGGCAGAUAAACUUCUUCUGACUACCCCCUCUAAAAAGUUCACAUGUAAUGGACCUGUUGACAUCAAUAUUCUAUCCAAGUGUAACCCAUGUUUAUCCAAUCCGUGCAAAAAUGCUGGAACUUGCACCAACGACCCAGUUGACUUCUACAAGUGUACCUGUCCCUAUGGCUUUAAGGGGCAAGAUUGUGACGUACCGAUCCACGCUUGUAUUAGUAACCCAUGUAAUAACGGUGGCACCUGCCACUUAAAGGAAGGAGAGAAAGACGAAUUCUGGUGUACAUGUGCAGACGGCUUUGAAGGUGAAAAUUGUGAGGUGAACAUUGAUGACUGUGAAGAUAACGACUGUGAGAAUAACUCAACUUGUGUAGACGGAAUCAACAAUUACACGUGUCUUUGCCCACCAGAAUACACCGCUGCUAAUCUCAAUGAGGUGGAAAAAGGAGAACUUUGUGAAGAAAAGCUGGAUUUCUGUGCUCAAGACGUCAAUCCUUGCCAGCACGAUUCAAAAUGCAUCCUUACAGACAAGGGAUACAAAUGUGACUGCACCCCUGGAUAUAUCGGGGAACACUGUGACAUCGACUACGACGACUGUGAGAACAACAAAUGCCGGAACGGAGGUCGCUGCAUAGAUGCAGUUAACGGCUACACAUGCAUUUGCCCCGACGGAUUCAGCGGUUUGUUCUGUGAGUUUUCUCCGCCGAUGGUCCUACCUCGCACUAGUCCCUGUGACAAUUUUGACUGUCAGAACGGAGCCCAGUGCAUUGUGAAGGGCAUGGAGCCUUCGUGCCAGUGCAUGCCUGGCUAUCAGGGAACCAAAUGUGAUAAACUGACCAGUGUAAACAUCGUCAACAAAGAUUCAUUCCUACAAAUCCCUUCAACAAAGAUCCGGCCUCAGACAAACAUCACACUACAGGUUGCCACCAAUGAAGAAAGUGGAAUUCUACUUUAUAAAGGAGAUAAGGAUCAUGUAUCCGUAGAGUUAUAUCGGGGCAGGGUACGAGUUAGUUAUGACAGUGGGACUUCUCCAGCUUCCGCCAUCUACAGCGUCGAGACCAUAAACGAUGGUAAUUUUCACGUUGUGGAAUUAAUAAGCCUGGAUCAGACCUUGUCCCUAAUCGUCGAUGGAGGGAGUCCGAAAUCCAUUACUAAUUUGUCAAAGCAGUCAUCCCUGAGCUUUGACUCCCCACUUUAUGUAGGAGGAAUGCCUGUGAAAAAUAACGUUGCGCUUCUUCGUCAGUCUCCUGGACAAAAUGGAACGAACUUCCAAGGCUGCAUCCGUAACUUGUACAUUAACAACGAGCUACAAGACUUUAAAAAGUUUAAUCUACAAGCAGGAAUCCUCCCGGGCUGUGAGCCUUGCCACAAAAAUGUCUGCGUUCAUGGGACCUGCGUAACGACCAGUCAGUCCGGCUUCUCCUGUGAAUGUGAAGGAGGGUGGACGGGGCAGCUUUGUGAUCAGCAGUCGAGUGACCCAUGUCUUGGAAAUAAAUGUAUCCAUGGAACCUGCCUCCCAAUUAAUGCUUUUUCAUAUAGCUGUAAAUGUCUGCAAGGCUAUGGUGGCGUCCUUUGUGAUGAAAGUGAAGAUCAGCAUAGCCCGUGCCAGUCUCUCAAGUGUAAACAUGGCAAAUGCAGGCUUUCCGGCCUAGGAAAAGCCUAUUGCGAGUGUAACAGCGGCUUUACUGGAGACCUCUGUGAUAAAGAAAUCUCUUGUCGAGGGGAACGGAUCAGAGAUUUCUACCAAAAGCAGCAAGGUUAUGCAGCUUGCCAGACGACCGAGAAGGUAUCGAGAUUAGAGUGCAAGGGUGGAUGCUCAAAUGGCCAGUGUUGUGGACCACUGAGGAGCAAGCGACGGAAAUACGCCUUUGAAUGCACAGAUGGUUCCUCAUUUGUGGACGAAGUUGAGAAAGUCAUUAAAUGUGGCUGUACAAUGUGCCCUUCCUAAGUAUGUAGCGUCACAAGUCUUUUGUUGUAUACCUAUUGACCGUGUUGGACUAAUUAAAGCUUCAUAGUGGAAAUAUUGGAAUUAUAUUGUAAAAUACAGAAACAGACUUAUUUUUUAUUAAGAAAGCAAAGAGAUUUUUUUUCACUUGCUAAAAAAAAAAAAUGCAAAUUAAAAAAAAAAAAGGCCGGGCUUAAACUAAGACUUCUCAAAAUGACGAGGAGCUGCCAUUGGAACACAUUAUGAAGAUAUCACUUCAUCAGGAGACUUAAAACUGCUGUUGAUAUGGAUGAAACAAACAAUCUGCUCUGAAAAGUUUUGUUCUCUAUGGAAAAAUGGCGUCCACAAAGAGGCUUAUUGGUUACGGCAUAUCAGUGUUUUUUCAGUUAAAGAGAUUGGAAAACCCACGCUGUUAUAGCAAAGGAAACGCAUAUGAUUGACGGAUCAAAAAACGGUGACUUUUUAACCUAAUAAAGUUGGCACAUCCUGGCCGAAGAGCUAAACCAUGUUAAGGAAUUAUGCACAUUCCACAAAAAAAAAGAAGAACCAUGAUUAAGACUGAACAUUAGCCUGUAUUAACGUUCUGAUGUUAAUGUUACAGAUAGCACAAGGAAACUUACGCAAGUGUUCAUUUAACCCUUUUCCAGUAUUAUUUUUCUUUUUUGUAAUAUAAAAAUUCAAGUGGGCCGUUAGAGAAGAAAAAAAAAAACUUUGUUAGUUUUCUAAUUAGGAAAAAAAAAGACAAGUGCUUAAAAGUUUAUAAGCAAUGGAAUGAGACGUAUUUAUUGUAUCGAAGUACAUUCUUAACAUGUUUAGGUCCCCCCCUUUUUACAGUUUGUUUUUUUUAUGCUUUAAUAUAUAUUAAUUUAUAUUUCUCUUGAUAUUUUUCUAUUUUGGGAAAGACAAAAAUGACUCAAAAUGUUUCUUUGUUUUAUAAUAGUACUAACGUAGCAUAUAUUCGUGGGCGAUGCUUUGUCGGAAAAACUUUCUCGUUUUCUUCAAAACAGCAUCUUUUCCCGAGAUGGUAACAAGUGUACAAUAGAAAGAGUGUCUUUUUUGUUGGACUAAAGUAUCUGGAAGUAAUUUUUUUCCCCUACAAAUAAUAUAAAUAAAUAUAUAUAUUUACCUACAACUAAAAUUGUGUGUAAGAAUACAAAUGACACUAGAGCUUAGGAAAUUACAAAUUCAUAUUUCCCUGGUAAUUUACCCUUAUUCUAGAGCAGGAAAUUGUGCCAAAAACUGUGAUUUUUUUCUUCUUCUUCUUCUUGCAAUAAAACUACUACAAUACCCUGUGAUUCCCCAUGUUAAUAUGUUGCUGCUAAAAUACAUAUACAUUUGGAAAUGGUUUUUAGUGGGCCGCGCUCUCCUUUACCUAAAAAUAAAUCAAGAAACCCAGGCAUUCUCUACAAAUACAGCCAUUUGUUCAACAUGUUCGCUCCUUUUUUUAUUUUAUUAUUUACAGAACAAUUAGGUGUCCAUGUAUAAUACAGUGUACUUUAUCUUAUCUGGACUGAUAUCAGUAAUGCAACUGAUGUUUGUAAAUUAAACAAAUAUUACUUCAUUUA